UUAUGGCGUAGUCAUUUACAAUCUUAUAAAAUUCCUUUAAACAUUUUGGACAGGGUCAUUAUAAAGAAUCAAUGGAGUAAUCUACUAUUUAAGUGUAGGGAAUUACAGAAAUUUAAGCAAUUAAAGGAGUAAUCUGAUCAAAAUUAAUCAAUGGUGUAAAUUAAUGAAAAUAUCAUACUUUGUGAGUACAAUAUAAAUAAGGAUGCAAAUACUUGCAUUAUGAAACUUGAUGAAAUUAUUGAUGAAAUUAAAAAGCCAUCAACAUAGAAAAGUAAAUAUUAUUGUGAAUUUAAUUUUACUAGAAAAAAAACAAGAAGAUGAUAGCAUUUUAUAAUUUAAUAAAGCAAUAAUGUUAUUUUUGAGUGGAAAAGUGAGAUAAGCUCAUAACCUAUUGAAAUAAUUAAAAGAUAACUAUAAUCUAGAUAUAUACUUAAAUAUCAAGGUACAUUUGCUUUUAGUUGAAACAUCAUUUUAAUUAUAAGAGUUUGUAUAUGCAAGUGAAUUGUAUAAGAAACUAUCAUAAGAAGAUAUCUUAAAAUCAUUAUAGUAGAAGAUUAAUAAGGCAAAUUAAACAGAUGAUCAAUAAUAGUAAUAAUCAUAAUCGACUUAUACAUCAUUAUUAUUAGGAUCUGAUUUACCUUAUCCAGAUUCACAUCCUAAUACAUUUAGCAAAGAAGAGUUUUUAUUCAUAUUAAAUGUAAUUAAAUUUAGAUUUUAUAUGCUUUCAAAUUCUAAGGAUUGGAAAAAAUAAAUGUCUAAUUUAGAAUAAUCUUACAAAAAUUAUAUAUUUUAAUUAGAUUAACAAUUAGGUAUGUAAUAACUUUAAGUACCAUAAUUUUCAAUUGAAAUUCAACCUUACUUAAAAUUACAUUCACAAAUGAUUUUCAAAUUGUUGAAAGCCCAAAAACAACUCAAUCUUAAUGAUAACGUUGUAAAAUGUAUUAAAAUGAUUAAUCCAUAUUCAGAAAUUCAAAAUUAAUAAAAUUUAGAUUUUAUAUAAAGUAAAUAAUACUUAUAUUUGGCUUAAAUUUAUAAUAAUUUAGGUUGUGUACAUGCUAAAAUUGGUAAGUAUGCUUUAGCUGCAAUAUAUUUCCAUAAAGCAAUUGCAUAAACUAAAUCAGUAUUAUAAUAGAGUAAUCUUUAUGAAAGUAUAAUUUUGGCAAAUGUAAAAUAAAGAUAGUUUGCUAUUUAUUAGAAUUUAGCUGACGCAUUAUUUAUGGAUUAAAAAUAUUAAAAAGCUCUUAAUAUUUAUAAUUAAUUACAAGAAGCUUGUAAUUAAAGUGCUAAAUUUUGGUAUAAUAGAGGUGUUUGUUAUAUAUAAUUAUAUCAUGAAUCUAUGCCUGAUAAGAAUGAGAUUUAUGAAAUAUUAGAAGAGCAUUCUCAAAUAAAUAACUAAGAGGAAGCGAAAAAAAUUAUACUUUAAAGCAGAGAAAUUUAUAGUGAUGCUGAUGAAGAAUAUUAAGAUUAAUUCUAUAAAAUUGAUUAAAAAAAUGAAGAAAAUAAAUUUGUAUAACCAAAAGCUUACAAAGAAUUGUUAAAUAAUGCUAUAAAGUAUAAUAAAUAAAAUCUAUUAAAGAUCUUUCCGUAAUGCUAUUAUUUUAUCUAAAAAGGAGAAAAGGGAAGAAAUUAUACACUUAGAUUAAGAUUAAUUAUAAAUAGCAGGAUCAUAAAUAUUUGAAUCUUCAAUUGUAUUUUUAACAUAUGCAUUACUGUGUAGAGGAGAUUGUAACCUAGCCUUAUAAUAAGGUAAAGAAGCAUUAGAGUAUAACUUAUCAGAUACUAAUAAAUACACAAUAAUACAAUAUAUAUUAGAAGCUUAAAUUUCUACUUCUAAAAUUAAAGAAGCUAAUAUCUUUUUGAAUACCAAUGGAGUAGCUAAUUUUUUAAGUAGAUUUAUCAAUAGCAAUUUGUUAUUUUAAUGCAGGAAUGUCAUUGGUAUUUAAACGACAUGCUUUUUAAAUUAUAGUCCUAAAGCAAUCAAUUAUUUUAAUUAUGCUGCAUUAAAUUUGCAUAAUAAUAAUUUACCUUAAGCUUGGAAUUCUAUUUAAUCAUUGUUAAAUUGCUGUGAAAUUAAUAUAAACUAAAAUAAUCAAAUUGUUCCAGUACCAAUAUUAAAUUUAUUAAUAUGGUAUUAUUUGAAAUCAGGUAAAAAUAUUAUAUGUAGUGAUUUAUAGAAUAGGUGUAAUUAGCAGUACAUUUGAUCAAGAGGAGAAGACUGUUAACAGGAUAAAUGGGAAAAAAUAAAAUAUCUCUGUUAAAUAUAACAAAAUGA